CUUAAUAUAGGGUCCACAAACAAUGUGGUAAUUCCAAGUUUAUUACCGUUAGAUAUUACACUACCCUCCUUUCAAAAAAACACAAGAAGACAUUAUCUCCACAUCUAUCUAUCUCUCUUCUAUUAAGAUUUGAGAUGAGCACAUCUCUCAGCUACAAAUCUGAUCACCUCUAAAAUACACUAAUAAUGGGAGACUAUGACUCCCAUACUCAAACAGAGGUAAACACACAAACAAUUAUCCCAAAAGAAAGCGCAAUUCAAAGCUUAAACACCAUAAUCCAACUUCACUUUGAAAAAACACUUGAGAAAAAACGAGCUGUAGACCUUCAAAAGAAGCAACUUUGGAAGCUAUUUCAACUCUUCUUCCUCUUCCUUUCACUUAUAUUCGCUUCGCUUUCGAUUAGCACCCGCCUUCAAUGCCGCCAUUGUUGGAUCCCUAUUGCUCUCCUUUCAUUCUCUCACCUUAUCUUCUAUGUAUCUGUUGCACAAACAUUAAGGUGCAUUAAUGCACUUAAAUAUCAAAGAAGAUGUCAUAAACUUACUCUUGGACUUGCUACUCAGAAACUUAGAGACCUCAAUAAUGUUAUCAUUCAUGAUAAUCAUAAUAAUGCUCAUGAUGCUGCUUUUGUUAAUGGGGAAGAAUUUGAAAUUCAUUAUCAAGAACCUCCUGAGAGUUAUUUUGGUAAGUUUAAGAGAAAUUGGGCUCUCUAUUUUGGGUUUUUGAUCUUACUUUAUGCAUUUAUGGUUUCUUCUUCUGUUGUUCUUCUUUGUUUUUAGUUUUUUUGUAUUUUUUUGUAUUUUUGAUUCAGAUUAUUUGUUUAGUUGGAUAAUUAGUGUAAUAUAUACUUCACUGAUUAAUGAAUAUUUGUUUCUUUUCUCUGUAUAA